CAGCUCUGCCCGCUCCAUGGAGGCGGCGCGGGGCUGGAAUGGGUACGGGAGGCGGGAGCGGCCGCCGCCCUCCCCGGAGCAGCCGAGCGUCCCCCCGGGCACCGACACCGGCACCGCGGAUGGGUGGCGGGGAGAGCGGCCCCGAAGCGAGGAGGACAACGAGCUGAGCCUGCCCGGGCUGGCCGCCGCCUACACCUCCAUCCUGCGGGCUCUGGGCGAGGAUCCGCAGCGGCAGGGGCUGCUCAAGACGCCCUGGAGAGCGGCCACCGCCAUGCAGUUCUUCACCAAGGGCUACCAGGAGACCAUCGCGGAUGUCCUGAAUGACGCCAUCUUUGACGAAGACCAUGAUGAGAUGGUAAUUGUGAAGGACAUAGACAUGUUCUCAUUGUGUGAGCAUCACCUCGUUCCAUUUGUUGGAAAGGUACACAUUGGUUAUCUCCCCAACAAACAAGUGCUUGGUCUCAGCAAGCUUGCUAGGAUCGUGGAAAUAUACAGCAGAAGAUUACAAGUCCAGGAACGCCUUACCAAACAAAUUGCAAUUGCCAUCACAGAAGCCUUACAGCCCGCCGGGGUCGGCGUCGUCGUGGAAGCUACGCAUAUGUGCAUGGUAAUGCGUGGGGUACAGAAAAUGAACAGUAAAACAGUAACCAGCACAAUGCUCGGGGUAUUCCGGGAAGAUCCAAAGACCCGUGAAGAAUUCCUGACCCUCAUCAGGAGCUGAAACUGUUACCCUCUGGAUGCACUCUGGAUUGUUCUCUCCCGUGUCACUGUCUGUCCUUGUUCCCACAUCCCAGUUCUAAACUAAAUUGUCGUGAAUUGUUGUCAUAGUCUUUGUGCAGUGAAAGGCUUCUGGUGGCAAAUGGAAAAGGUAGGGAUGAGGGAGGCUCCUCCUGGACUUCCACUGGUGCUGAUGUCACAGAGUUACAAGCCACAGAUAGGAGUAUGGAAAUGUCUUUUCCAUCCAUGGUGCAGAAUAUCCAACUGUCAGGAGAGAAGUGGGGCUUAGGAGUGAAGUGGAUAUUUAUGAAAUAGUCGUGUUUAUUAGAAUAAAUGUGGAGCAGCACAGGAAACAGCUGAAAGGAAGUGGAUCUUCAUAGGAUUGGGAUUGUCCCAGAUUAUUGGACUAUGUUUUAUUGCAAAUCCUGCAGUGGCUGUUUCAGUACCUGGAUAUGUGUGUUAUACCUCUGAGUUGUUACUUCUCGUGUGUUUUAUAUUCUUCCUAGUAUUAACCUUCCUUUUUGUGGUUUGUUUGUUUGGUUGGUUGGUUGGUUGGGUUUUUGGGGUUUGUUGUUUUUUUUUUUUUUUUGUUUGCUUGUUUGUUUGAAAAAUGUGUAGACUCCAUUUUUUCUUAUCCUAUUAACAGGCAGGGAAUUAACUUCUGAAUUAUUUGGGGCACAGCCCUGUCUCAUUCCAAAGGGGUUUAUGCACCUUUUUUCUCUGUGCCUCAGAAUGUCUGACCACUUGAACUGUCAGUUUCUUACUGUUUUUAAGGAAACUUUAACAGAGGAGAGGAAAAAAACCUGCAGAGUACCGAGGUAUCCAAAGAGAUUUUAAAUUAUAUUUAUACCUUGAGCUUUCCUUCUUGGAUACCCACGGGUUAGACUGAGAAGCUAAAGUCUGAUAAUGUGAAAAUGAAGAUUUACAAGCAUUCCAAAGUUUCCAUUUCCAAUGCUGGACCAAAGGUGAGCAUGAAAUUCUGAGCAGAGCACAUGGAACCUCCCCUCCCUGCAGACAGGUUGGGUCAUUUCAGGGCAGAGUAACCUGCAGUGACAACAGCUCAUUUCAUAAGAGCAGCUGAGAAAAGCAUUUCCAGGGCCACCAGAAUGAAUCGAACCACAUUUUUUUUUUUCUGUGUAUGUAACAAACUCUGCAACUGGCAGAAUUGGUACAAAAAGUUUCAGUCCAGCUGGACUUGGCUGAACUUCUGCUUUGUUACCAUUUUAAUGGGUGUUUUGUAACUUAAUUGGGAAAAGAUGAGGCUCAAAUGAAAACCACCCUCCUAACCCCCAGCUUGCAAAACAAAUGUCAGCCAGGGGGUUGGAUGCCCACAGGUUCCAGGGGCUCUCUCUGCUUUGCUGGGUAUCAAUCCAAGAUGUCCUGUUCACGAAGCUCCUGCUCUGGCCAGCUCCAUCUCACCAACAUUCCUCCCUCUUGCUCCAGCCCCUGGUGGAAACACAAUUAAAAUCGUGUCUGCUCAGACUGGGCCUAAAGAACUUUUUCAAGAGGAACAAGCUCGUGUGUUUAAUUAUGUUAAUUUUACUUUGAGGACUUUGACAGCAUUAUUGGAAAAAUAUUUUGUAACAUCCUCUGUCCUGGAUUCUGUAGGAUUAGGUGCCGUAACAGUGUUUGUCACUGGUGUAGACAGGCUGUGCUGCACAUUGCUAAACCACACCAACUCAGUGGCAUUUAUUUUCCUGAAAUUGCCAGUUUUCAGUUCACUAUGUUACAAAUAUCCAGCUGAAAAGCCUUAAAUCUUUCUUGCCUGAAGCUGGCAGUAAACCUCUAUUUUUAGCUCAACUGGAAGGAGAUUUUGAGGACCAAAGGGGCACAUACCUGUACACUUAUUUCUCUUUCUUUGCUUUAGCUUAGAAAAUAAGUUUCUGUAAAACACUCUCUUUCUCCUGAGGCACCAAAAAUGUUGGGUUUUAACCACUUAUCUCUAUUCAGGAUAAAGUUCACGUUACGUCACCACUGUUUUUUAUUUCCAUGCGACCUGUAGUCCUUAAAACAUACCUCUCUCUACUCGUGGCCUUGGAUUUUGUUCCCAUUUUUGCUGUUGUGAGUGUCAGUGCAUUUUUUGGAGCGUCGGCUUUGUUCAAAUACAGGAGCUUUAACUACACCCCGUGUGUAAAUAUGUAUAGGAUGUACAGCCCGUGUUGUA